UGUCAUUAGUGACAACAGGUGUGUUGUGUGGUGCGCGCGCGGGAAGGAAACAAUAAGAAAAGAGUGAAGAGAGAGAAGAGAAACAGCCAGCAGAAAGGAGAGGAGAAUCACACAUAUUUUUUUUCGGUCUGGCCAAUAAUCAAUUGGACGUAUUCUUCUGAUUAUAAUGACUACUCGGUCCAAGAAAUCCAAGAACAUGACUUUAAAUUCGCCCGUUAAAUCCUGUAAACGAAUUGAAAAUUCAUGGCUUUUGGUUUUGAAAAAGUCUGUUAAGGAUAAUAAUAACUUUACCAUAGUGACUUUGCCACACCCCGUGACUGGCAAUCCAGCUAAAUACUGCUUAGAUGAUGAACACAAUAAGAUAUAUGAGGUGGUCACAUUCAGUGAACCUUACCGAUCCUGGUUGAUAGGGGAAACUGUGAAAUCUGAUGGUAGCUUAUUAAUGGUGACUCCUGUAAAUCCAUUAUUUCUAGUGCUACCUCGAUUGAGAGAACAAUGCAGUACCAGGGCUGUGCCACUAGAACACGUCUUAUCAGAAAAAGGAUAUGACAAAAUAACAGAUUUUGUGACAAACUUAGAUUUAAUUGGUGACUUAAAGGGACCUGCAGAUAUGAAAGCUUAUAAAUACAAUGAGGAGAAGACACUAACUUGGCUUGAAACAAGAGUGCGUAAACUAAGUAAAGUUUUGAGAGACAAGAACAUUAAUGUCACUUCCGGGGCUGUGUCAGCUACAUUUGUCACCAGUAAUAUUGAUAGUGAUACUGUAGAUGAAGAAUUUUACCUACGGUACGCUCAUGGAAUGGUUUCUGAAUAUUUACAAGAUGACCUUGCAGAACACCUUGAAAAUAGAUUUAAUUUCAAACCUGAUUUGAUAGAAGCUGUUGGAAAGAAACGAAAAUCAGAAGCAGCCGAUAUGAUUGAUGUUAAUAAAAAGUUUAAAUGUGAAUCACAGAAUAUCUCAGACAUUGAAAAUGUACUUAAUAAUUCAAACUCCAGCUUCACAGAAAUCAAGAAACCUAAAAUAUUGUCGGCCAAAGAGAAAGCGCGGCAAAAAGCUGCAAGUGGAACAAAAACUAUAUCAUCAUUUUUUACUAAAAAGUAGCAGAAUCAAAUAACUUUUAUUUAUUUUAUACUGUUAAUAAAAAUACGAUGCAUAUUUUUUUUACUAA